AUCCCUGAAGGUGAUUCUGGGCCGUCCCCUCAGCUCUGCUCCCGAAACGGAAAUGAAUGAAACGUUUAACUAAAAAUUAACAUGUUCAGGUUUUUCUUUCGUUCGCUGCCAUUUCCAGUCCACCAGUAGAAGGACUUGAUCUGUUCACUAGGAUGUGACGUCAUUGCGUGGUUUCCGUUGCUACAUGUAAACAAAGCGCAGUUAGCUGCGGCUACCCCGGUGACGACAACUGGGCAGUAAUCAGAACCAAGCCGAAUCGGUGGAUCCGGACCGGGACGUCUUAGGGAUGGAGUGAACCAGAACCGGCACCAUGUCCAUGGAAGACCCGUUCUUCGUCGUUAAAGGGGAGGUGGAGAAGGCGGUCAACGCUGCCCAGAAUCUCCAUCGCCGCUGGGUGGAGCUGCAGCAGGAAGUGGGCGGAGCCUCCAGGGAGGAAUCGGAUUGGACGACCAAUGAGCUGCGGAAUGGCCUGCGGUCCAUUGAGUGGGACCUGGAGGACCUGGACGAGACCAUCAGCAUCGUGGAGUCCAACCCCAGGAAGUUCCAUUUGGAUGCCGCCGAGCUGACGAAGAGGAAGGCCUUCAUCACCGACACCCGCCGCACCGUCCAGGACAUGAAAGAACAGAUGUCGGGUCCAGCAGCUGGUUCUGGUUCUGCUGACAGACACGGCAAACAGGUUCUACUGGGAGACGCCCGGGAUCCCAUCUGGCAGCCUGGUUCCGAUCGGUUCGGCCCACCGGACCGCCGGCCACAGAGCGCAAACACCCAGUUCAUCGGCGAGCAGCAGACACAGCAGCAGCUGAUCGCGGAGCAGCAGGAUGAGCAGCUGGAGCGGGUUUCCGGAACCAUUGGGGUUCUGAAGAACAUGUCGGAGCGGAUCGGCCUGGAGCUGGACGAGCAGGCUGGGAUGCUGGACGACUUUGGACAUGAGAUGGACAGCACUCAGUCCCGCCUGGACAACGUCAUGAAGAAACUCGCUAAAGUCUCACACAUGAACAGCGAUCGCCGCCAGUGGUGUGCGAUUGGAGUGUUGCUGCUGAUCCUGCUGGUCGUCAUCAUCCUCUUCUUCAUCCUUUGACUGAAGCGUCACAUCGACCCAAACCGCUGAUCCCAGCCCUCUGGACCUGGUCCGGUCCAGUCCAACAUGUUCCUACUGUGAUUUUCGCAUGUUGAACUUUAUUUCAGAGGAAAAAAAGUCUGUUCAGUUUGUUUUUGUUUUUUUAUUUAAUAUUCUGAAAGUACCUAGAAUAACUCUAAAACCAACCAGUUUAACCAGUCUAACCAGUUCCUGUCCAACAUGGACCUGAUGACUCAGCAGAACCUGGGUCCGUUCUGUUCACUUAGAACCACUUUGACCUGUUUGAGCUUCAAUCUGAUUGGCUCCUGACUGCAGCAGGAGGAACAUGGCAGGGUUCUGGAUAGGAGUGCACCGAUUGCAGUUUUCUGAGCGAUGGCCGAUAAUCCAUCUUUAAAAAGCCUGAGCUGCCGAUUCCAACUUUCUCUCUCUGAAAUGUCGAUAAAUACAAUUAAUUAUUUAUUUAUUAACAGUGGGCGGGCUAUUGUUACUGCGGACAUGCAGACAGAUCCUGGUGGGCGGGGCUAACCUGGUGGGCGGGGCUAACAGUAUUACCUCAGCAGAGGACAGUGGCUGAUUUCUAGAGCUUUGCUGAUGUAGAUCAGAUCGUCUGAUCACUAAUCUCCCAAAACGAAGGAAAUCUGCAACAAUAAAUCGGCUGGCCGAUAAAUCAGUGCACCCCUAGUUCUGGAGGUUCUGGUGGACUGGACCCUGAAAUUGAACUCUGCUCUACCUUUAGACUGAACAGUUUUCAGUUUCAUAAAAUGUAAAAAUGUCAAGAAGCAUUAUUCUUUCAAUAAUGUUUCUUAGAGAACCAAAAACAGAAGUCUGGUUGUCCAGAACCAGAACCCUGACCCAAACAUCUGUUUUAUUUUCUCCAGAACCGAAACAAACCUCAUUCUGAACUAGGUCAGUUUAAACUGGUUCAUUUUAACUGGUUAAUUUGGUGGAACUCACGUGAAAACACUAAAUUUUGUUUGUGUUUGUUUUGUUUACUGAAAGCUUUUAGUUUGUUAAACAGUUUUAUUUAAGCGUCAUGUUGACAUUUGAAUUCAGAUUUAGAUUUGAGUCAUCAACCACACUUCCUACUGCUCCUUCACAAUAAAAGCCUCGCUCUAUGGUAAACUGUCAGCUCAGAGGUAGCAGCCGCUUCUGACAGACUCUUAUUCUGAAGUAGCAAUAGGAAGUCUGAUAAAUGAGCUAUCUUUUUGAGAACAGCUGACCAAGAAGCAGUCAAUCAUGGCUUUACACAUCAUCAGGUGUGACAGGUGGCAGCAGUUUGGUCAUGUGACAUCAAUGAACCAUUUCAUUUCUGACUGAUCAACUUUAUUAAAGCAUUUUGUUGGGAACUCCAGCUUUAAUAAAGGAGCAGUUCGCUUUAUUUCAGCUGAGUAAAAGUCCCAAAGUCA